AUGAGUCAAGGCCAUGUUGUCAUCGUCGGAGCCGGUGUCAUCGGUCUCAGUAUCGCAGUCAAACUGUCCAGAUACUUGAAAGUCACUGUCAUUGCGAGAGAGUUGCCGGGAGACGUUGGCAUUGACUACGCCUCUCCAUGGGCAGGGGCACAUUUCCGCCCCACCCCCGCAAAAACAGAAGACGAACGAAGAGAACAGGGCUGGAUGCGAGAAACCUACCAAGAAUUCGAGGAGAUCGCGAAACAUCACCCGGAAGCCGGCGUGGAUUUUAUUCCCGCGGUCGAAUAUUUCGACAUGGCCGACGCAACCUCGUUCCUAGCAGAAGCAAAUGGCUACACCGCAUGGCCGGACUUUCGGAUUCUUCACCCUACAGAAUACCCCCCUCAACAUCCGUCUAUCCAGCUAGCCGUAACCUACCGCAGUUGGGUCCUGAACUCGCCCGUUUAUUUGAAGUGGUUACAGACGCGUGCAGAGGCGCAAGGGGCUCGGUUCAUUCGAGCUCAUUUGACGGGCCUAGAGCAGGGGUUAUCUGUCUAUCGGGAGAACCAAUCCCAGGAUGAGAGCGGUCUUGUUUCGGCUGUCAUCGAUGCAAGUGGGAGGGGGUUUGGAGAUCCCGCGUCGUUCCCCUCGCGGGGUCAAUUCAUCAUCGUCUCGAAUCACUGUGACAAAACUAUCAGUCACCAUUGGAGUGAUGGUUCCUCUACGGUCAUUAUACCUCGACCUCUGGGUGGUGGGACUGUUAUAGGUGGGACGAAGGAGCCUCAUAACUGGUCUGAGGACAUUGAUGAUGCUUCAACUGACGCUGUUCUAAAGAGGGUGAGAGAUCUAUGCCCAGAAAUGAUUGACGAGCAGGUGGAUGAACUGGCUUCGACGAAUGGGUUUGAUAUAAAGCAAGUCUACGUUGCUCGGCGCCCAAUGAGACGUGGUGGACUGCAUUUUGUCACGGGGCAGUUAGUGGACCAUACUAGGAACCCUCUUCCCCUGAUCUCUUGUUACGGUGCGGGAGCAAAUGGGUACAAAAUCAGUUGGGGAUUGGCAAGGGAAGCCGACGAGUUCUUUUCUGGUACUGAGUAG